AAACUCAAUCGAACCAUGUCUGGACGCGGAAAAGGUGCCGGUAAAGCCAGAGCGAAGGCAAAGAGCCGCUCUUCCAGGGCAGGGCUGCAGUUCCCUGUAGGUCGUGUGCACAGGCUGCUGAGGAAGGGAAACUACGCAGAGCGCGUGGGAGCCGGAGCCCCCGUGUAUCUGGCCGCCGUUCUCGAGUACCUGACCGCUGAGAUCCUGGAGUUGGCCGGCAACGCCGCCAGGGACAACAAGAAGACUCGUAUCAUCCCCCGACACCUCCAGCUGGCCGUCCGCAACGACGAGGAGCUCAACAAACUGUUGGGAGGAGUGACCAUCGCCCAGGGAGGUGUGCUGCCCAACAUUCAGGCUGUGCUCCUGCCCAAGAAGACGGAGAAGGCCAAGUAAACCAGCCGCCCUCAACCAACGACACAACGGCUCUUUUAAGAGCCAC